CAAGCCACACCUCCUAACAGUUGGAUGAUAUCACUUUGUGACGCCAUUUCGUAACACAGCGGGUGGAAGUUGCUACAGCGAAAAGAGUAGCACAAUGGUGAAGAUUUUCGUGGGUAACCUGUCCGAGGACACUACGGCCGAGCAGCUCCGGGCACUCUUCUCCCAGUAUGGCACCAUCUCCGAGUGCGACGUGCUGAAGAAGUACGGCUUCGUGCACAUGGACGACAAGGCGGAGGCGGACGAGGCCAUCCGCCGCCUCCACCACCACCAGCUCAACGGGCAGACCAUCAACGUGGAGAUGAGCCGCGGCAAGACCAAGAACUCCACCAAGCUGCACGUGGGCAACAUCAGCAACAGCUGCACCAACCAGGAGCUGCGCGCCAAGUUCGAGGAGUACGGCCCCGUGGUGGAGUGCGACAUCGUCAAGGACUACGCCUUCGUGCACAUGGAACGCGUGGAGGACGCCAUGGAGGCCAUCAACGGGCUGGACAACACCGCCUUUCAAGGUGUCCGCGCCGUGACGCACCUUCGACAGACGCGCGUUCGGUCACGGUCGCUCGUUUCGGCUCGCACCGCGUUUCCGCCUGUGCCGCGGUCGUGGGGACGGUGGUAUUGCGGUGGACUCUCUCGUUCCUUCUACCAAUUUUAUUUUCAGUUUUUGUCUCUUUCUUGUACCAAAUUUUUCCUCCUGUGAUGCAGAACUAUUGCAUAGAUAUAAUUUUUUUUUCUUUUUAAACGAGUGUAGCGAUUCUUGCUGUCUUGAAACCUUUUACACAGAAAUGCACAGCUGUUAUUUUAAGUAUCACUGCAGAAGUAGACGUCGGUGUGAGCUUUGCAGUUUCUGUAGUCUGCUCAUUCUAUCACUAACGUGUGUAUUCUGUAUCUCCUUUCAGAAGAAUUGCAUACACUGAGGGAAUUAUUUCACUGCAUUUUAGUGCUAUCUACCGAUUCAUUUUGUGGUGGGAAUGCUCAACCUGUGUGUGUGUGCGCGUGUGUGUGAGACUGAGCAAGAUUCUGGAAGCUUCCGCUUCCAAAAUAAGAAGUUGGAUGGCUGUAGAAUCCACCCAUUGCGGUGAAAAGCCGAUACACUUUGGAAGCAGCACGUUUUCUGUAAUUCCAGCUCUUUACUCUUUAAGCGUUGAGCCAAAUUGUGAUGAAAAUGUUUGUGUUUCUUGCAUACAAGGUAUGGUUCUCUGCAUGAAGAAAAACGGGUCGUGGAGUAAAAUAGGUGUCGACAGGGCAAGGGCUCUCGAGCCUUUGGUCACACAGUUGUAGGAAAAAAUCCUUUGCCAUAAAUUCCAUUUUAAUAGCGUGCUGCUUCUUUCAGUUAGUGAGGGGAUCUGACAGGCGUGUAUCCACCUAAUUGGUGGCAAAUGAACAGCAAACAAGUGGCAAAGAACUUGCUGGUAAGACGCUUCCCCCCAAUUUCAGCCGAGUGAACAUUACCACUGCUUAUAGAAGACCACCAUACUGUUUAUGCCCAUAACAAAAUGGCGGCCACAGCCAUACUGUUUAUGCCCAUAACAAAAUGGCGGCCACAGCCAUACUGUUUAUGCCCGUAACAAAAUGGCGGCCACAGCCAUACUGUUUAUGCCCGUAACAAAAUGGCGGCAACACCAGUUUCUGCAUUCACAUCUGGACGUUCUGCGGGCACAGCCACGGUUGGCAUUGUAAUAAACUGCACGAGCCCUCGGUAAAGUUGAACGGGGACAUAUGGGGGAUGUUUAUCAGCUGAGCAGUGAUUCCGGUACGCAGGCAGCGUGGGAACCGGGACACGGUGUCAUCGCGUUCGGAUUGAAACCCCUCGGAGCGGAAAUUGGCCCCUGAUGCCCGCUGUGUACCGGUCUGCACCAUAUUACCAAAAUCUCAGUGGUGUGCCUCUUCUGUAUUUUAAAUAGCUGUACGUGUGCAUGCUCACUAUUGCUUUGUCUGUCCCUCCCCCCCCUUCUGAUUAGGCCAAGUUUCAAACGUACAGACACACGGUAGUUGAGCUGUCUGGCAUGGUAGUUUACCCAAUCUUAAAGUAUCGCUAUUAGAAGCUCGUUGGUUUCAAAGAUCGGCCGCCUUUUAUCACUAAAUGUUUGUGUUUUGAACACCUGACCUCGGCUGUUUCGCAGCUUGGGCGAAAUGAAUAUGUGCUUAAGAACUUCUCCCUUAGUUUGUUUAGAGUGGGUAACCGCGGCGACUGUGGGCAGUUUGAAUGUGGUCUUUUACAUUCAGUCAGGAACCUGAUGCAACCUUGUUUCGCAGCAGAAGUUGGAGGUGGGGUGGGCAGGGGCUGGUGGUGGGGUGGGAGGGGGGGAGCUGUCUGUGUGCUUUGUCACCUCGCAGGAGUGUGCAUUCAGGUUAAACUGCCUCCACAGUGGGACGGGUUGUCGUGUUUUUUUUUUUAAAGAUCUUUUUCUUUAGUCGCAAGGACAUGGAGGCUAAACUUUGAGCAGUGUUUCUGUGAACAUUACCCUUUCUCAAUAAAACUCACUAAAAAUGAA